AUGAAGCCGCGUCGCAAAGACAACAACAUCGCGUUUGAUAUCACCAUGGAUGACUGGACGGCUUCGGCACUUUUCUCGCCGUCAAAGGCGCGAGCACAACAGGCGCAGGCCAAGGACUGGAAUGCCGUUGAGGCAUGGCUAUCCAAGAAGUACGGCUCACGCGUGCCAACGUUUGAAAGAAACGAGGACACGCUCCAAGCACUGUUGAGCCUGGCGGACCUCAAUGAGAGUGCGGAUGAACAGCGCAGCCAAGUGGAGAAGAUACAGAGAUCCGCCCUGCAGACACUGUCGAAGAGGCAAGAUGGUGUCGCGGGUGAAAUUCUUCACGCAGUGCUMGCGGAGUCAGCGAGCGACUCCAAUCUUGACCAGCUCGCAGAAAUGAGCAUAGCUCUGGACUGCCCAAAUGCAGAUGUGUCUACCCUAGGUCGAGAUAUGGUGGAUCUCACUUCGACAGAAUUCGAACUGGCUCAGCAAGUCCAGCGGACCGAUCGCCAGCUUGCCGCUUUAAAGGGCGAACAAGCACGCAUCACCCAGCUGCUUCGACAUCUCAAGAGCGAAGAUUUCCAAGCUCCUGCCGAUACCGUGGAAAACACCGCCGAGUGGGCAAGAAUGUCUAAGCAGCUCAAAGCCAAAAUCUCCGAAUAUGAAGAACGCCUCAGUACUUCGCGACCCGUGUCACGGUCCAAUGGCGUCGAGAACUUGCAGCGCCGGCUUGCAGAAGUAGAUCAGCAACAUGAAUUGCUGGCAAGUCUCGAAGUAGAGCUCAAGGCAUUCCAGGAUCUGCCUGCAGACGCGCGUUCGGCCAAAACGACGCUUGAAGGCGCACGAGAACGACUUCGAAGGCUCACAGAGAAGCGCGAUGGCCUUUUUGAGAGUCUUGCGGACCAAUGA